CCGUGUUGGACACGCGGCCGGCGGCGACGCAGCAGCAGCAGAGCCGUACCGUGCCGUGCCGUCCGGUGCAGCGCGGCCUACAGCGUGCGAGCCGCGGCUGCUGCUACCGCUAGCACGGUACGGUACGCGCGGCUGCAUCCAUACCACCGGGGCCUGACACGCUGUUGUAGAGAGAGAAGAAGCAGAAGAGCAGCUGAGCCUGGUUGUGUGUCAAUAUCCUGUGAUCAUUGCUGCUUGUGUUUUAUUGGGAUUUCUUUGGAGAUGAUCAGGAUGGAGAGACAAAAGUUUCCUUUCACUAUUGAAAACAUACUGAGCAAAUAUCCAAACAGCAAUGGAGACAGACGGUCAUGUGGAACAAGUGGUGCUGGACUAAAAGAGAAGGCAGUGAGUCCUGUUGGAAGCCAGACAGAGACUGUUCAUCAUGCCUGCCUUUGCUGCUGCUACUGCUCCCACUGUGGAGACACAUACCACCCUGAUUUCAUUCAUGAAGCCUGUCAGUACGGAUGGCCCACAGCAAUGUUCACAGACCCAUGUAGGCUGGGAGAUGCUCACAGGGAGGAGCAGUCGCCCAGUCAGGUGCAGAGGCGAACCAGACGACACCGCACUAUUUUCACAGAGGAGCAGCUGGAUGCACUGGAGGAGCUGUUCCUGCAGAAUCAGUAUCCAGAUGUGACCACGAGGGAGAAACUAGCACAGCACACUCACUUAAGGGAAGAAAGAGUAGAGGUUUGGUUUAAAAACCGAAGAGCAAAGUGGAGGCGUCAGAAAAGACUAUCAUUUGGUGUGGGAAACACGGAAAACUAGAUUUUGUACUGUAUAUUUGGACCACAGCAUUGGAAAAGAAGAGAGCCGUGUAUGUGUGUGUGUGAGCUUGAGUUACAUAAAUACAAGGUUUUUUUUGCUAUUGUUAUCAAAUAUAAUAGCUAAACAAAAUCUUUCUUUUUUUUCAGAAAAUAGACAAUUUUUUUGUAUCAGUCAAAUCAUUCAUGAGACAGUUUUGUAGCCUAUUUGUGAUCGGAUUGGUUGAGUGCAUGAUUGAAGGACUUGCAGUAUAUGCUAAUACUAAUACUGAGAGUUCAAUCUGUAAUUUGUUAUAGUUUGCACUGGUUGUGAAAAAGUGUCCUUGAGAACAAGUAAAGUUCUUUUGAGACAGAUGGAGGAACUAUCUUUAUACAAACCCUAACACAUCCAGGUUGAAGCAUCAUAUCAAUUUAAAAGCUGUCAUGCAGUGAACACAUCUGAAUAAAAUGUAAUUAUAUCACUG